CGCCUAUUUCAACAGGCACACGGACAAUUAUUAUUAUCAAACAAAAAUGCAUAUCAGAAAAUAAUAAUUAGUAUUUCCUAUUGUUUUGGCUAGUGCGGUUCAGUGGUUGGUUAAUUGUAAAAAAACGCAGAAAAAAAAAAAAUGACGACUGUUGCUGAAUAUAUUGGAGAUUUCCUUAGGGAAAAAGCAGACAAAAGAGUAUCAAAUUGGUUCCUCAUGUCUAGCCUAAUGCCCACCCUAGGCAUAAUCUCCAUCUAUUUGACGCUCGUCUACGUAAUUUUGCCCGCCUACAUGAAAAAUCGUAAGCCUUUCCAAUUAACCAAAAUCAUCAAAGCCUACAACCUGUUCCAAAUCACAUCUUGCUCGAUUAUAAUUUACUGGAUGGCAACCUCCGGAUGGGUGCAAGGUGAUUAUAGCCUCGGUUGCCAACCAAUCGAUUAUUCCAACAACCCGAAAGCCUUAUAUUUGCUGCAAGGAUUCCACUGGACAUACUUUUUAAAAAUGACAGAACUCAUCGAAACCAUAUUUUUCAUACUCAGAAAGAAAAACAACCAAGUGACUAAGUUGCACGUUUACCAUCACGCUUCUUCGAUGACAUUGGCCUGGAUUGGUUGCAAAUUCAUUGGAGGUGGUAUGUCUUGUGUUCCAGUCCUGUUAAACUCAUUUAUUCACAUACUGAUGUACACAUAUUACUAUUUAGCAGCGCUGGGACCUUCUUGGCAAAAACGCCUGGCUCCUUGGAAACCCAGAUUGACCAUUGCACAAAUGGUCCAGUUCACUCUACUCAUCAUCCACUCCAUGGCAGUUUUCAGUCCCAAUUGUGCAGGUCCGCGACCGUUUAUACUCUUGUAUCUGCCCAAUGUUGUCAUUAUAUAUAAAAUGUUCUACGACUUUUACAAAGCAAGUUAUCACGCGAAAAAAACAGCCCAGAAAGUAAAAUAGUACAAAUUAGAGAUUGAAGUUUACCGGUAAUUUUCAUUUGUUCUUUCUUAGUGGUAAUUUACCGGUAAUUUUGCGGUUAUUUUGGUAAUUUUGGAAAUAUUUCAUGAUUCAUGAAAGAAACAAUUAUGAUUAUAUACUAUACCUACCUAUACAUUCAAGGAUUAUAGAUUUUGAGGAUGUUUUACCUAAACACCCAUUUAUUAUAAAUUAUAAUAUUGUUUGUUGUAAAACAUAACCUCAUAGAAAUAUUACAAUAUUUAAACAAAUAAACGAAAAACAAGCAAAGAAAAUCAGACAAAAAUAAAAUAGAAAUAAAUUCUCCUUAAUCUGGUGCUAAACUAAAUACCUAUCGCUGUAUGCAACAUCCUCUUUUAACUUAAAAGCACUUUUUAAAACUGGUACCUUUAAAAAUUUGUAUGGCUUAGUACAGAAUCUUAAAAGUGACCAGUUUUAAAAAGUGCUUUUAAGUUAAAAGAGGAUGUCGCAUACAGCUGCUAGUAAAGUAAAUACCUACUUUUAAAGGGCAAAAAGAAAACAAAUAAAUAAAAUGAGUUGAAUAAGGAUAGCAUAAGAGAUUUUUUUGGGGGUUUUUGCUACCUGUGCUUCUGUAGGGUUUUUGUGUUUUAAGGUCUUUGACAUUCCAAAUGAUAAUCUCUAACUCAGAACUCAACAAAAACCAACCAGGUUUUUGAAAUAGGUUUUUCCUACAAGCACAAUGUUUUAAUUCAAAAUAUAGGUACUAUGUACUUAUUUUUCACUUCAAAUCAAAUUACUAUACAUAUAUCUAUAGGUACUAUUUUCCAUUGAGAAAACCUAGAUCUUACACAGAUUUUUUGAUCAAUUUUUGAUAAAUUAGAUGUACAAAAAUACUUGUGGAAAAACAUUACACCUAACCUGCGGAAAAUGUCUUUUUCACCCUUGACAGCUUGCCAACUGCCGUCGCGUGGGGAAAAGCACCACUUUCCGCACUUGUUUGGUAAAUAACUAUUCAUUUAUGCCAACCCUGAAAGCGCGUUACAGAUUCACAAUUUCACAACAAGAUGGCGAAUAAUGCAUGAGUAGGAUUGUCGCCUGAACGUGAUUUCAUUCAGGAAGCAUUUCUGAAAAUUACCGGUAAAGAAAUUUGUCGGGUUAAAUUACCAAAAUUACCUUACCAAAAUUAUCGUUACCGCAGUAACGUUACCACACUUUAAUCUCUAGUACAAAUAUACCUAUUAUGAUUAUAAUGUAAUUAGAACAUUUGCAAAUCAAGUCAGCAUGAUUUGGCACAAAUUUUGAUGCACUGAUUCAAUUUUCAAAUUAAAAAUUGUAAUCUUUGAUUAUGUAAAUAAUAAAUAGGUUUGAACUUCAAUACCGCAAUAGUUUCAUUCACCUCUUAUGCUUUUCUGCUACAUAUGUAUUGCAUAGUUACAAUGUAAAAGAAAAAUUACUUUGUUUUUAAAUGGCAACAGAUUUGAAUUGUGUAGGCAUGUGUGUAUUUUGCAUAUUAUUAUGUCUAUAGUAAAAAAUUGAAUUUUGAACUAUUUUUUACUAUGGUUCAGGUUAAUCAUCAACUCAUUGUUUUAUUGUAAAACAUAUUUAAUUGACCCUAAUCACUAAGCAAGCACUACAUUUAAUGAGUCGUUCCUUAUUACGGACUGAUACACAUAUAAUUUACAGAAAAAAUGGUUUCACAUUAACUUUAUCAAAUAAAUGUAAAAAUGCAUUACGUAGGUACAUGUCAAUUUAUCAAGAGAACAUUAAAUUUUUAAUUAUUCUAUCAUUUUUCAUAUGGAGUGCCAUGGAUGAAAAAUAAUUGGGCAUAUUGAGGUACGCAGUCAUAAUUUGUCCACUUUUAAUAAUAUUUUGAACACUACUUUCUGGGAUUGUUGUUACCUAAUGUUUGACUUUAUCCACUGAAAGCAGAGGUAAAAUUUAAUGUAAAUUCCUUUUCAGGACUUUUUUUUUGAGGCUUUAAUGCAUAUAAAAAAUUUAGGAUUUCUACAAUUUUUGGUCUAUUGGAAAGUUAGUUAGUCGACAGCCAUACACAAUCAUUUAUAACUUGGUUGACAAGUUAAUGUAUAACUUAAUGAGAUUUCAAAUCAUGGAAAAUGUCGUUGACCUGCGACUUCACACAUAUUUAGUUUAGUCUAGUUUAGUUUGAAAAGCAAACUUUAAGUAAUAUAUUUGAGACUAGUUAGAUAUAGCAGGUUGUCUUAUGAUUUACCGGAUGUUGACUUUUUUAGUUUGACAUUUUCUUUAACAGGUCGAUUAAAAGGAUGCAAAUACACUCAGUGCGCACUGAAUCUACCAAUGGGAAACGCCAUAAGACACUGAUUCAGCGGAAUGAUUGAUUCUGUUAUGUUUGGUUAUUGUGUUAAAGGUGUAAAACGGCUUAACUGUCAAUAAGGGUUCAUUGUCAAUUGUUACUAUUUGUAUGUUAUUGCAGCAUCUAUCCAAUGUUAAUCUUAUUUUAAAAAACAUAUAAGUAUUAAUAUAGUUUUUAUUUUA